AUGUUGGGGCCGUGGCGAGGAGGAGGAGGAGGGUGGACUGAGCCGUGGUUUGGGUCUGAAGUGUGGGACCCUUUCGGCGUAGGAUUAGGAAUAUCUGACUGGGAACUACAAGGCGGCGGUGAUGAAACCUCUGCUGUCGCUAAUGCUCAUGUUGAUUGGCGUGAGACCGACAACGCUCACAUCUUUGUUGCUGAUCUUCCUGGAGUGAAAAAGGAGGACGUGAAGGUCCACGUGGAGGACGGCAACAUGUUGCAAAUAAGCGGGCAGAGGGUUCAGGAGCAGGAGAAGACUGACGACAAGUGGCACCGCGUGGAGAGGCAGCUUGGCAGUUUCGUGAGGCGGUUUUGGCUGCCCAAGAAUGCUGACUCGGAUAAGAUCAAAUGCGGACUCGAAAACGGGGUGCUGAAGGUGACAGUUCCGAAGAAGGACGCAGAGCAGAACCCAAAAGAUGUUAGAACCAUCGAUGUGGCCUAG